AUCCCUGAAGUGUGCCCCUUCAUUCAAGAGCUCCCAGAGUCUUCUCAUAUCCACCAUGAACACCUCUUACCUCCUGGCCUCACUUUUUCUAGGAUCCCUACAGGAUGAAAACAGGAGCAAGCAAAAGGGCAUCCUGUACAACUUCUCUGACCACUGCCAGGAUUCCAUGGACCUGAUGGUCUUCAUCGUCACUUCCUAUACCAUCGAGACCAUCGUGGGGGUCCUGGGUAACCUCUGCCUGAUUUGCGUGACCAUGAGGCAGAAGGAGAAGACCAAUGUGACCAACUUGCUUAUUGCAAACCUGGCCUUCUCCGAUUUCCUCAUGUGCCUCAUCUGCCAGCCGCUCACAGCCAUCUAUACCAUCAUGGACUACUGGGUCUUUGGUGAGGCCCUCUGCAAGAUGUCGGCCUUUAUCCAGUGCAUGUCGGUAACAGUCUCCAUUCUCUCUCUCGUCCUUGUGGCCCUGGAGAGGCAUCAGCUCAUCAUCAACCCAACAGGCUGGAAGCCCAGCAUCCUGCAGGCCUACCUGGGGAUUAUGCUCACCUGGCUCAUUGCCUGCUCCCUCUCCCUGCCCUUCCUGGCCCACAGCAUCCUGGAGAAUGUCUUCCACAAGAACCACUCCAAGGCUCUGGAGUUUCUGGCGGAUAAGGUGGUCUGUACUGAGUCCUGGCCCCUGGACUACCACCGUGUUGUCUACACCACCUUCCUGCUGCUUUUCCAGUACUGCCUCCCGCUGGCCUUCAUCCUGGUCUGCUACGUGCGCAUCUACCUGCGUCUGCAGAAGCAGGGGCGCGUGUUCCGCAAGGGAGCUUAUAGCUCGCGAACCGGGCAGAUGAAGCGCGUCAACGGGGUGCUCGUGGCCAUGGUGGCUGCCUUCGCAGUGCUCUGGCUUCCCUUGCACGUAUUCAACAGCCUGGAGGACUGGCACCCCGAGGCCAUCCCUGUCUGCCAUGGCAACCUCAUCUUCUUAGUGUGCCACCUGCUUGCCAUGGCCUCCACCUGUGUCAACCCUUUCAUCUAUGGCUUUCUCAACACCAACUUCAAGAAGGAGGUCAAGGCCCUGGUGCUGACUUGCCAGCACAGCCCCCCCAUGGAAGAGUCUGAGCAUGUGCCCCUGUCCACGGUGCACACGGAAGUCUCCAAGGGGUCUUUGAGGCUAAGUGGCAAGUCCAACCCCAUUUAACCAGGUCUAAGGCUUCUCCUUGCCACAUUCCUUGCCAGGCUCUUUCACUUAACUAAGGGGGCAUGCUGCUGACUGGGGUGGCAUCCCCUGUCAUCACUGGCUUUCUGGGGCCCAGAUAGGUUGGCAAGAGCCCAUUUUUGCAUCCAUUUGCGUCACGAGGCCUAACAUUCAGCCAUUUGUUCCGGGCAGAAUUCUGAGUUUAGAUUCUGCAGGUCACAUGAAUCUUUCAGCUGGAGCUGCAAGAUUCCA